AAUAAAUACCAUUUCAAUGGUUUUUGGAGUCAAUGAAAGAGUAGAAUUGUAUGAAAAAAAUAUUUCGAUAUGUAUUUUGGGUGUGUAUAUACACAGGUCGUUUGGACUAUAUAAACUAUUUUCCACUGUUAUUUAUAAUUCUACUGGAAGAAUUUUUUUUUAAAUGUAUAUUGUUCAUAUAAGAGUGUUUUAUAAUACAACAUAUGUGUAUCUUAUGGCUUGUAUAACUUAUGGCUUAUCUACGCCAAUAUAUAUCUACAAAACUUGGCGCGAAUAAUAGUGUUUUUUUUUUUCAUUCUCAUUUCGAACUCGCAUAUUAUCAUGGAUGAAAUAACUGCAGCACGACUAAAAGCCUAUGUGAUUGACAGCAAUGAAGCUCUCGAGCUGAAACUUAUAAGAGAUGAACAUGACAUUGAUGAUCCGGAUGUUGCUUUUGGUCCUGAAAUGUCUCAUCAAGUUUUUGGAAACAGUGAAACUAUUUUUGGAUAUAAAGAUUUAAAAAUCAAAUUAUAUUACACUGCUGGUUGUUUGGAAACUUAUUUUGGAGUCACUUAUUCUGAUAAAUUUCCAAAAAAUGUUUAUGAAGGUGUAGAAGCUGAUGAUGUAUUUCCUAAAUUACUGGAAAAAUUAGCCCCACCAGUUCAUUACAAUGUAGAUUCAUUUGUGAAAUCAUUGUCUAAAGAUGGAUCUUUCAGACCGUAUGGAGAACUGUUACAUUCAUUUAAUAUCACAGAUGACGAAAAUAGAACUCGUAAUUUUGAAGUCUAUAAAUCAGAUAUGUCAUGCAAGGGAUUUAAAGAAUAUCACCAGAGACUUCAAAUGUUUCUUCUGUGGUAUAUUGAUGCUGCAAGUUUUAUUGAUAUUGAUGAUGAUCAGUGGCAUUAUUUCAAUAUGUAUGAAAAAUCAACUACACCAUCUGGUAGCACAUGUUACUAUACCAUCGGCUUUGCUACUGUGUAUCAGUACUAUGCGUAUCCUCAUCACAUAAGGCCACGAAUUGCUCAAAUUCUUAUUCUUCCACCAUUUCAACAAUUAGGUCUUGGAGCUCAUUUAUUAAGAGCUAUCUAUAGACAUUAUAUCGGAAAAAAUGAAGUAAAAGAUAUUACAGUUGAAGAUUCUUCAGUCAACUUCCAACGUGUUCGUGAUUAUAUUGACGCCAUCAAUUGCGCUACAUUACCUAGCUUUUCAAAAGAAAACUUAUUGAAUGGGUUCAAUAAAACAAUGGCUUCAGAAGCUACAGAAAAAUUUAAAAUAAACACAAGACAAGCAAGAAGAGUCUAUGAAAUAUUGAGAUUAAAACAUACAGAUACAUCCAAUGAAGAAGAGUAUCGUAAUUAUAGAUUGGAUGUGAAAAAAAGAUUAAAUAUACCAUACAAAAGAGAGGAACAAGAUCUAAAGAAAUUAGAAUCAGCGUUGAAAAAUUUAUCAGAUAAAAAACCAAAUUCAUCAGCUAAUGUCGCUAUUCCUCCUCUCGCCGUACGAAUUCAAACGUUAGAAAAAGAAUAUCGAACUCUCGAAGAAGAGUAUAAAAAAGUAAUUCAACGAUUGGAGAAAGCUGGACAGUGAAUCUAGUUCAUUGUACGUUUUGCUUUAUUUUUUUUUGAAGUACUAAUUUUUUGCAUGUUUGCAGUUAAAUGUAAAUAU